GGCGCCUUCGGCGCGCUCGGCGCGUCGCUGGUCCUCGUCCCGAAGGAGGUCCUCAAGCAGCGCGUGCAGGCCGACGUCUACCCGAACGUCGUCGCGGGCGUCAGGACGCUCAUGAGGACCGAGGGUCCCCGGGGCCUCUACCGCGGCUAUUUCGCGACCAUCUCGCGCGACGUGCCGUGGAACGCGCUCUCGUUCAUGUUCUUCGGGCAGGCGAAAAAAUACUACGAGUCGAUCGCCGGCCGCGCGCCCGGCAAUCGCGAGAAGCUCGCGCUCGGCGCGCUCGCCGGCACGACCGCGGCCGUCAUCAUGACGCCCGUCGACGUCGUCAAGACGCGCCUCAUGACGGGCGGCGGCGCGGGCGGCAUCGCCGGCACGUUCGCCGCCAUCGUGAACGAGGAGGGCGCGGCGGCGUUGAUGAAGGGCGUCGUCCCGCGCGUCGCCUUCCUCGCGCCGCUCGCCGCGAUCACGCUCUCCCUCUACGAAACGUUCGGCAAGGCGCUCGUCUCGCGCCGUCUCGCCGAGAUCCCCCGGGCC